CCUGAGUCAGGAAGGAUGUUCAGCCAGUCAGCGCGAGGUCUCCAGGCGUGUCCUGAACGUGGCAGGUCGCGCGGUGCAGGAUGGGAGAACCUCCGGACUUCAUCUCCCGGCAUCCCGCGCGGUGGGGGUUUUCAGGUGACGUCAUUUGUGUUGUGUUGGAACCUGAAGCAGGAAGCGGAGGAAACUCAGAGCCGCCGGUGUAACCCCUGGAACGGCGAUAUAUCCCAGGUAUCGUCCGGUGCCGAGAUGUCUCUCCUGGCCGGGUUUGGUGAUGCCGAGGAGUCCGACCUUCUCGAUUUCCUUCUGGAUGAGAGGCUUCACAGCGGCGGCCUCGCUGGAGACAUGGAUGUGAUGGCCCCUGAGUGGGGCCCCCUGGAGCCCGAGAGCGAUGCGGCUGUGGAGGACUUUCUGAGUGAGCUCCUGGGCUGCUCGCCCCCCGCCAGCGACAGCGGGAUCUCCGAGGGCCACCUGGAUCCGUCACCUUCUGCCCACUGGGAGCCCUUCUCCCCCGGCAGCCCGUGCCCUGUACAGACUGAUCACAACUACUCGCUGGUGCAGAGCGUCGGGGAUGAGCUGCAGAGCGUGCGGGCCGACACCUGCGACGGAGACGUGCUCAUCGACUUGGACGUCUGUGGGCUGGACGCGGAGCUGAGGCCGUCGGAUCCGAUCUGUCUGAGUAUGGAGGACGAGGCCGAGGAAGACUCCCCGUGCCUGACGCAGCAGGAUCUCCUUCUUACUGACGAAGAGACACGUUUGCUUUCCAAAGAAGGCGUCACUUUACCCCAGCAUCUGCCCCUCACCAAGACGGAGGAGCGAGCUCUGAAGCGCGUGCGCAGGAAAAUCCGCAAUAAGCGUUCAGCGCAGGAAAGCAGGAAGAAGAAAAAGGAGUACAUCGAUGGCUUGGAGAACAGGGUCACUGUCUGCACUGCGCAUAACCAGGAGCUGCAGAAGAAGGUGCAGCAGCUGCAGAAACAGAACAUGUCUUUACUACAACAGUUGAGGAAUCUUCAGUCUCUGCUGACACGGACCGGCGCCAAGACUACUGCAUCCAGCACCUGUGUCAUGGUCCUGGCGCUGUCUUUCUGUCUCAUUCUCUUUCCCAGCUUGUAUCCGUUUGGGGCACGCGUGGGACAGCACAACCUGCGCGGAGUCCUUUCCCGUCAGUUACGUGAGAUUCGGCCGGACGCUUCUCCCCCGACGCUCCCGGGUCCUGCCCCGCUCCAGGGUGUGAUCGAGCUCCCGGAGAAACCCGCCGAGGAUCCCUUCCUGGAUCUACAUGUAGACGACCUGCACCUGGAUGCGGAUCUGCAGCGAGCUCAGAACGACACCCCGGAGAUACGCGGCGUGGCCACGGCCGAAGCCACGGCGGCCAUCAACAGCAACUCCUCCUCCGACCUUCCACGGCAGAGCGCCCCCGCACCAGAGGGCAAACCCGAUCCUGCCCCUCCUCGCUUCGUAGAUACCCCGGAUCCUCCGCACGUGCUGCGAGACAAACCAGAAUGGCUGGAAAGCCCACGGAGCGUCAUUAUCAGCCCGCACCUCUCUGACGAGAUGUAACGUGGCGUUUCCCCCGGUUACCGGCACGGAGAAGAUGCAGCAAAGUGUAACGUCGGCUUCCUUCUCUGCAGCUCUGCUGCUUGCACUUCCUAAUCUUAAUGUCUGUCUGGACGGGUUUCACGUCUGGGACGUAGUGGUUUGCACUUAACUGGACCGCGCGGCGCGUGCCGCGGCAUCGCCGCCCGCACGGAGCUCUGUACAUAUGUAUAUUUAUAUCUUCUGUUGCGUUGGAUUAAACGCGAUCUUCUGUCUGUC